AUGACCGAGCCGGUGACGAGCCAGCCUGUUGCCGAUGUCUCCCCUGUGACCAGAUCCUCCGAAGGCAGCUGGAGCACAGGCAGAUACGACUUCUGUGCAGACUGCCCCAUGUGCUGUGUGGGAUAUCUGUGCCCACCAAUCCUAGCCUGUUAUGUAUCGCACAAAUACGGAGAGAACUGUUGCCUCGGGAUGGUGCCUGGUGGAAUGACGGCAUUACGGACUCACAUGCGGCUCUCUUACGGCAUUCCGGGUACCGUUUGUCAGGAUGCACUGUCCAUGUGCUGCUGUGGCUGGUGUGAACUAUGCCGCAUGGCUCGCGAAGUCCAUACCCGCUCCCAGGGUUCCUAAACGGAGACUUGCCGGAAACUGCACUACUGCAAAGAUGCAGA